UCUGCUGUCACGUGACUAGAGAAUGACUGAUGUGACAGCCUGAACAACAGAAAGCAGCGCUGUAAGGUUUCCACAGAGCUCUCAGUGGUGGUAUGGACCCUCCUGAGAGGCUGGGGAUGUUCCGUGUUGUGUGCCUGUUGGCCGUGUUUGACGCAGUGUGUCUGCUGGACACCGGCAUGCUCUUCCCCCGGGAGUCUUCCUCCAGAGAAGUGAAGGAGCUGAACGGGCUGUGGGACUUCAGGGCUGACCAGUCCCCAAACAGGAACCAGGGCUUCGACAGGGCAUGGUACAAAAGUCGCCUGGCAGAGACCGGCCCAGUGAUUGACAUGCCAGUUCCUGCCAGCUACAAUGACAUCACACAGGACCCCGCACUGAGAGAUUUCAUUGGCUGGGUGUGGUAUGAGCGAGAGGUGGUGGUGCCUGCUCGCUGGGUGGCCGAUGGAGGAACAAGAGUGGUUCUCAGAGUGGGAAGUGCUCACUAUUAUUCAGUAGUGUGGGUGAACGGGGUGAAAGUGACAGAGCACGAUGGCGGCCAUCUUCCUUUUGAGGUUGAGAUAGGCAGCUUAAUCCGCAAGGACCCAACUGUGCCGUGCAGGAUCACCAUCGCAGUCAACAACACUCUGACUCUGGAGACUCUUCCUCCAGGAACCAUCCAGCACAUGGACGACCGCACCAAGUAUCCUGAAGGUUUUUUUGUGCAAAACUUCAACUUUGAUUUCUUCAACUAUGCUGGCAUACAUCGUCCUGUAUUGCUGUAUACUACUCCUAAAGCCUAUGUGGACGACAUCACUGUGGUGACUGACUUCUUGGAUAACACUGGUCUAGUCAAAUACAAUGUGUCAGUCCAAGGUGCUGCCAAUGCCACCCUGAGUGUCACUUUGAUAGACAAAGAUGGCCGCUGUGUGGCCACCUCCAACGGGCCAGCUGGAGUGCUCAAAGUAGUCGAUGUCAAGCUGUGGUGGCCGUACUUGAUGCAUGAGAAUCCAGGUUAUCUUUAUUCUAUGGAGGUUCGCUUAACGGCAGCCGACGGGAAAUCUACAUUUGAGGAUGUGUACUCUCUACCAGUUGGCAUCCGCACAGUCAGCGUUACCAGCACCCAAUUCCUCAUCAACAACAAGCCCUUCUAUUUCCAUGGAGUCAAUAAACAUGAGGACUCUGAUAUUCGAGGUAAAGGCUUGGACUGGCCCCUGAUCGUCAAAGACUUUAACUUAAUGAAGUGGCUGGGGGCCAACUCCUUCCGCACCAGCCACUACCCCUACGCUGAGGAGAUCUUGCAGAUGUGUGACCGCCAUGGCAUUGUGGUGAUAGAUGAGUGCCCGGGGGUGGGCAUCAAAGAUAUUCGCAGUUUUGGAAAAGCCUCCCUGACCCAUCACCUGGUGGUAAUGGACGAGCUUGUACGUCGGGACAAGAACCAUCCCUCUGUGGUCAUGUGGUCAGUAGCCAAUGAGCCGGCUGCAGAGAUGCCCCCUGCUGAAUUCUACUUUAAGACCUUGAUACAACAUACCAAAGCUCUGGACCCUACCCGGCCCGUCACUUACAUCACAGCCAGUAACUACGCCAGGGACAAAGGGGCUCCCUAUGUGGAUGUAAUCUGUGUAAACAGUUACUUCUCCUGGUACCAUGAUCCAGGCCACCUAGAGGUCAUCCCCAUCCAGCUCAACACUCAGUUUGAGAACUGGUAUGGAAAGUACCAGAAACCCAUCAUCCAGAGCGAAUAUGGAGCAGAUGCAGUGCCAGGGCUUCACAGUGAUCCACCUGUGAUGUUUACUGAGGAGUACCAGAAGGUAGUUCUGCAGAGCUAUCACAACGUCUUCGACCAGAAGAGGAAGCAGUACGUCAUUGGUGAACUCAUCUGGAACUUUGCUGAUUUCAUGACUGUACAAGGGAUCCUCCGUGUGGUGGGGAACAAGAAGGGUGUUUUCACCAGGCAAAGGCAGCCUAAAGCAGCUGCAUUCAUCCUGAGGGAGCGGUACUGGAGACUGGCCAAUGAAACAGGCAGACUACCUCCUUGGACCAAGUACCCCUGCUCACUAUGACACCCGCCAGCUGGGGCACCCGGUCCAGGACCGGCUCAAUCCCAUGUUAACACUAUGUCUUAUGGAAAUUGCAGUUAAAAUUCAGUCAUUUGCUUGAGGCAGUUUACAAAAGCACAUGUAGAACAUUUCAGUUUGGUGAGUACAAAUAAGGUCAAACUACCAUGAAACACCAUUUAGCUUUGCUGUUACUGUUGGUCUGCAAUAUGAACUAAACCACCAGUGUAAUCAGGGCAAUCUGCAACAUUUUCACAUCAUAAAAUACAUUUUUGAAGCCUCUGGUGGCUCAUCUAUGGUGCACACUGAUAUAAUAAUUAGAAUUAUGAUGUGUUGCUUUGGAUACAAAUGAGUGGGGGUGUAACAAUUUAUUUAGCAGGAUAUUCUGAUACAGAUACAAGAGGUGGUGCUUUCCAUUGCUCUCAAAAAAAUGUCAAAAACCUUCAUCAGUUAAUAUUUCUGACCUUUCUUACAUCACAAUGACACUGUAAAAGGAGGGAGUUACCACAAUAUCUCCUAUUUUCCUUCCCUCUGUGUGUACUGUGUGUAAGAUAAAUGUGUAAUCUGGUGUUGUAGCAGAUUGAUGUAACAACGGUUUUGGAAGCAUUUCUGUUCAAUGUGAAUUACAAUGCUGAAUCUCAUCAUAAAAGUGCUUUAUUUUUAUAAUGUUUCACUUUUUAAUGAAUAUGAAUCAAGAUAUUAAAGACAAAACAUGCACUUUA